AUGGCAGUGGGAUUCCGGCGGCGGCUCACCGCGCUCACCGUCCCCAAGGCGGCCUUGCUCCGGCGCACGCGCCACAAGAAGCUCUCCUACUCCCGCGUCCGCUCCAACAGCCUGCCCGGCCGCUUCCACCCGGCCGUCGCGGGCCUGCACGAGUCCGCCAACGCGCUCCUCGCCUGGACGGAGGAGCCGGCGCAGGCCAGCCCGGCGUGGAUCGGCGACGGGGCGGGCCACCUGGGCCGCCUCCUGGCGGGGCUCACCGACCUGCUUCACCACCCGCAGGCGCGGGACCCGCUCCAGCGCCGGGGCAAGCUCCUCGCCGAGGCGCACGCCGCGCUCCGCCGCCGUGACGCCGCCCGCCUCGCCGCCGCGCUCCGCGCCAGGCGCCGCUCCGACCGCGACCUCGCCCGCCUCGCCUCCACGCUACGCUGCCUCGCGCACCGCUCCCCGUCCGCCGCCGCCGCGGCGUCGGACUCCGGCGAGGCCGCGGUGGCCGAGGCCGCCGCCGCCGCCACGUGCGCCGCGGCGGCAGCGUCCGCCGCCAUCUUCGCCGGGCUCGCAUCCGCCUCCGCCUCCUCGUCCUCGCGCGCAAUGCCGUCACCGCUCGCGGUCUCCCCGGCGAAGGUGGCUGCCGUGCCGGUGUGGUGGGUGGCCGACCUCCUUCGGUGGCGCCGGCGUACGGUGGCCGUCGCCGCCAGCGAAUCCGGACCCGGCGCAAAGGAGGUGCCUUUGGAGGAGUGCUGCAGCGAGGAGGAGGAGGAGAGGCAGGCUGCCAUGGAACGCCUGCGGAGGCUGGAGGAGUGCGUCGUGGCGGCGGAAGACGGCUGCGAGCAGGUGUACCGGGCGCUUGUUAACGCGAGGGUGUCGCUGCUCAACGUGCUCACGCCGUGCUUUUGA